UUAGUGGGCUAAUUGUUCGGCCCAUUUUUCGGUAUUUUGGCAGAUUUUUUUUAUCGGUAAAUUUGGGAAAAAAAAUCGGCCAAUUUUGCCGAUCGGCCCGAUUUUCGCGGCAAUGAUGGGCAAAUCGGCCGAUCUUUUUACCGAUAAAAAAAUCUGCGCAUGAGCUGUGACCUGCAAGAGGAAGACAAAAAGAAGAAGAAAAAAGAAGAAGAGGAUGAAGAACAAGAAGAAGAAGAGGAUGAUGAAGAAGAGGAUGAUGAAGAAGAAGAGGAUGAAGAAGAGGAUGAAGAAGAAGAGUAAGAGGAUGAAGAAGAAGAGUAAGAGGAUGAUGAAGAAAAAGAG